AUGCCGUCAGCGUGUUUCCUAGGCAACUUUGGAAUGGACAGGAUGAUCGCGAGGGUUGGUGUGGAAACCACCCUGAACGUGGGCUUGGCGCUGUUGGCCUUCAGCUCCCUGGGUUUCGGCUUGGCGCGCACGGUCCAAGGCUGGCUCUUCUGGCGGGUUUUGCAAGGCUUGGCGACGGCACCCAUCUACACGUCCAUCAGUACUCGUCUGGCACGCUCUUAUACUGGCAACGGCGAGUUCCACCAGGUGGUUGGAAUCCAGGAGAUGCUCGGGAACGCCGGCGUGACCAUCGCGCCGCUUCUAGGAGGAGUGCUUUUCGCCUGGGGAGGCUUCCAGUUACCCUUCAUGCUCAGCGCCGUUAUGCACUUCCUGUUCUUGGGCAUCACCCUCUUCUCCAGCGGCAGCGCUGCGGGCUCGGAGGCCGAGCCGCUCCUGGACGGCGAGCGCCCGGAGCCCAUGGUGGCGGUGACAGCCUUCUCGGUGUGCUCGCUGCCAGUUCUGCUUUUGAACUUCGUUCCGCUGUUGUGUCUCGGCGUCUUCGGCGGGUACGAGCCAAUUCUGGGUUCUCGUUUCCACGAGGUCUUGGGCCGAAUUCAUCCCGCCACUGUCGGCUUACUAAUGUCGAUGUCCGGAUUCCCCUCGACACUCUUCACUUUCUUUGUGCCGACUCUGGUAGAAAAGAUCGGCUCGCGAAGCCUGAUGACAUUCGGAAUUGGGUGGCACAGCUGA